UAUAUUUACACAGUGAUCUAGCGAUAUCUAUGAGGGAUACCACGGAUAGAUCAUUGGCCUUUAUAUAACCUGAGAAACGACCUGACACUGUCAGCACGGUCGAACAAUUCGGGAAAAACUAUAUGCCGGACUAUAUGCCAUGGAUCUGGACGAGGCGCUCAAAUCCUUGGGCGAUUUCGGGCGAUAUCAGACCAUCAUUUACGUGCUCAUAUGCCUGGUCGGGCAACUCACACAGUCAUGGCAUAUGCUAGCAAUCACCUUCUUGGGGGCGGUUCCCGAGCAUCGCUGUCUUAUUCCUCCAGGGGAGGAUCCAGCGGGUGAAGAUGUCGUCAUGGACCCUUGGAAUCAGUACUAUCCGGUCGAGCAGGGUAAGACAGAAGGCGAAGGUCCGGUGAAUUCCAGCUGUUUGAGAUUUGUGAAUUUCACCGCUGGCAAUACAACGGAGGGGUGCAUCGAUGGAUGGGUUUAUGAUGAAGAUCUCUAUGGGAAAACGAUUGCAACAGAGUUUGAUCUGGUUUGCAAUGAAAAAGACAAAGUGGAUCUUUCUACUUCCAUCUUCAUGGGUGGGGUUAUGGUCGGAUCAUUAAUGUUUGGACAGCUUUCUGAUCGUUUUGGAAGGAAGCCGAUAUGGUUUAUUUCCAUCUGGGCCCAAAUCGCUUUCGGUGUCGCCGUCGCUUUCUCCCCAAACUACUGGACCUUUGUCGCCCUCCGAUUCUUCGUCGGUGUUUUCGAACAGGGUAUCGAUUUAACAUCUUACGUGAUGGUAACUGAGAUGUUUACACCGAGUAAGCGUGGACCAGCGGGUAUUCUUCUAACUAUAUUUUGGGCAUCAGGGAUUAUGUCACUACCAGGUUUGGCAUUCCUCCUCAAGGAUUGGGUCUAUCUACAACUCGCCAUCUCCUUGCCCAACGUAUUAACCAUCUUCAUCAUAAUAAUAAUCCCAGAAUCGACCAGAUGGCUAUUGUCCCGCGGGAAAGUUGAACAAGCCGAAGCAAACCUCCAGAGGAUCGCCAAAUUUAAUGGCAAGGAAAUGCCCUCACCCAUCCUCUCCCAGUACCAGACCAACACCUGGACCAAAGACUCGAGCAACUACGAUAUCUGGACCUUGUCUAGACGGACUAAAGUCAAUGCAAAGCUCAGACAGGUUUCUGUAUCAUCGGAUCCUGAUCUGUAUGACCUCACCAAUGGUGAUACAAAGACACUUACUCUGGUGGAGGGGUACAGUAUAAGUAGAAUGGACGCGCUUGCAGAUGGUGGCGCCCUAUUUGGUGAGGAGAAGAGAUACACAGUCAUUGAUUUGGUCCGGACGCGAAACCUGAGGAAGCUGACUAUCAUCAUGGUGUUUGUGUGGUUUGUAAAUAGCGUUAUCUACUAUGGACUGUCACUGAACACAGAUAGUCUAGCAGGCGAUCCUUAUCUUAAUUUCUUCAUUAGUGGAGCUGUCGAGGUUCCCGCCUAUUUCGUUGCAGCUGGUCUUGUCAAAUGGAUUGGCAGACGUGCUUCUUUGUGUGCUUGUCAUAUAAUCGGUGGAAUAGCCUGUAUAACAACAGAGUUUAUUCCUACUCAAACAGAUGGCGGUACAGAUCUGUCGCCUGUUAUUGUGACCGUAGCGAUGGUUGGCAAAUUUUGUAUAUCAGCCUCGUACGCCAUUGUAUUCCUUUAUGCAUCAGAGUUAUUUCCUACAGUUAUCAGGAAUCUUGGAUUGGGUGUUUCGUCAUUUUCAUCUCGAGUUGGCGGCAUCGUUGCUCCUUUAUUGUUAGCGCUCGGAGACUACCAGUAUUGGUUACCAAUGACUAUCUUUGGUUCUCUCUCGAUCCUGGCUGGGGUAAGCGUAUUACCCCUCCCCGAGACACUGGGUCGUACCCAACCACAGACCAUACAGGAUGGUGAAGAUCUACAUCGCAAGGUGGGGACCAAGCGUGCUACUGAUAAGCUACCAUUCGCAGGACACAUCAAUUUAGAAGAUCAUGACACAAAGUUAUGAUUUCUAACAUAAGUUGAGACAUCAACCAUGGAGAUCUGCUUGGCCAUAAACUCUAAUAAUCAGAUGCGAGUUAUACAAAAAACGUUUUUAACAUGGACAUACAAACCUCCAGAAAAAUCGUUCUAUGAAGGGUUCUUUGUUUUAAAGAACCUUCAACAUGUUUAAUGAUUUGAAGAUGUACCAAAAUAGUCCUAAAGAAUCGGUUUGGUAAUUUUUGUUACAAGGUUACGGACUCGUAUAGGUAACAUCCGUGAUCGAAUGUCAUUUCUAAAAACUUAAGCAGGUUUUGGACGAUAACUCAGUGUGCUAAUUCUCACCCAUGAAGAUAACUUUAUGUUUAAAUUGUUAUUAGUGUUUAUGGUGAGAAGGGUCAGAAUACAAAGAUACAGAUCCUUGAUAAUCAUCAUUGAAUAUACUGAUACUGACAGUAAUAGCUUGACUGUUUUCUUUGAAUUUUACAAUUAUGAAUAAACAAUAUACAUAUGUAAAUAUCUAUUGCAGAAACCAUCAUUAUUUUUAUGCACCUUCGUAAUCUCAGUUCUGCGUCUUUCACGGAAGAAUCCCGCAAGUGCAUUCGCAUCGCCAUUCCUCAUGUCAUGUAAAGAAAAACUUUUGAUGAUGUUGAUGACUUCAUUGUCUUGUUUAAUGAUCAUAACUGUCUUGAUCAUUCAAACUUUUGAUAGAUGAAGUGUUAUACUUUCAUUUGAAUCGCGAUUUUGAUAUUCAAUUUGAUUUUAUUCACCUGAACAGGAAUUGAUUGUUGUAGACAAAUGUAAAUGGAGCAAAUGUUCACUUGAAUUUUGUAAGAACACAUUCCAAAAUAAGUAACGCCGAUUGAAAUUCAGCAUAUUAUACUGUAUAAAUAUGUCCUCGAUCAAAAUCCUGAGUGAAUAAGCCAGAAUCCCUAUUGAAGCACAAAUGUGGAAUGUUGUAUGAUCAAAGAACUGUAUAUGAAAAUGACAUAUGUUCAUGUAUGAAUAAACACGAUUUAUAAAAAUGCUAA